CCAACACGACCCAACAGAGAGCAUUUGAUUGUCUCUAGACACUGCCCCAUAAGCCCUGUCUAGCCCCGCUUCGCAAGUGGUGUCUGUCAGCAUGCAUAUGCGAGAGUUCGAUAACGACGUCCAAGGCAACUGCGGCUGCAAACCCCGCCACCUCGAACGGCCAUGCGAGGCGCCACGCCGCUGGCUACGAACAGCGCUUCCGACCGCCUAAUAAAGGAAGAAAGCCCGCCGAAUGCAACAAGAUAAGCGACAUUUCGCCGACUCAACUCGUCACAGCAACACACAACAAUGGAGCCUGCUGGUUUCGCCAUUGGCAUUGUCGGGCUGGCCGAUCCCUUCAGCUCCUGUCUAGAGGCCAUCGACAAGGUGCAAUCGUAUCGAUCAGCCCGGGCUGAUGCAGACGUGCAAGAUACCUUGUUCAAUGCCGCCAAAGCCCGCUUCGAGCAGUGGGGACGAGGCGUAGGGAUCGAUCAAGGGAGACUGCUGGACGAUCAUCACCCCGCGCUGGAUGACAAAGGCAUAUCAACAUCUGUGCGCGACCUCUUGCACUUCAUCUGCGACGACAGCCAUGCGUCUUCUCGACGCUCGACCCAAGCCGCCGGGCUGGGCGACGACUUGCUGGGGUCGCACCAGUCGCGAGCCCGUCACGGCCAGUCGCCCGAGCCGAGGAGACGCAGACUGGCAUGGGCUUUCUGGGGCAAGGGAGAACGCACAGAGCAGGUGACAGAUCUUCAGUAUGGUCAGCAGUGGCAUAAUGAAUGGGGAUAAGUGUGUUAGAUAAUCGAUGUCGAUUCGAUGCAAUACACCUGGGUUUAUUGAUCAAAGAGUGGUUGUUGUGCUUGAUUGAGGGAUUCUCCCCAUCCCGGUCGAAGCGGGGUUCUGUCUUGUAUCUACCCGUUUUCACCGGUUCUUGCAUAUUACAUUAUGCGAGUAUUGUAGUUUUGACAGCCUUUAAUCCGGACACAGGCGUCAAUCUAACAACAACAACAACACCUCACUCGCUUAGUAGGAAAUAGACCAAUAUGCACAUCAUUGCUGGCUGCCAAGCUGUCGCCUAACACUAGUCCAGGAAUUGCAUAAUCUUGUACCGUGACGGUUAGUCAGGGUAUGCAUAUAUGAGUGAGCAGAA